AUGCCAAUCUCCCGCAAAAAGGCAUGCGAGCAAUGCAGACUGGCUAAGACCAGAUGCACUCUUGACCCUGUUUGCUUUCGGUGUUCGAAUAGGGGCUUAGAAUGCAAAUAUGCCGGAAAUUCGUGGCGCUCUAACCCAUACACUCGAACACAUCUGGCAGGCUUGCGACAAGGCCCGUCCGUAGUCAACCCUAGCUUUCCCACGGAAUCCCGCUCAACCUUGUUCAACUGCCCAACUCCAGGAACAACUACCUUAGCAGUCGAGGGUAUCAUUGGUGAUGAACUUACGUAUACGCUAAAUGAUAGUGAACCGCAUCAUUGGGACUACUCCCUCGUUAAUGACCCUCAGGGUACAUCGUGGGGCCAGUUGUUAUGGAACAAAGACAAGACAACACCUCUACCACCUCCUGCAGAGGUUCCCCGAGACACUACUUUCAUUCCUACACCCACGCUACGAUGGGACUCUAUUGGAGGAUCUCAGUCAAAAACUCCUCAAAGAAGUCACGCCUCUACCUAUGCUAAUGAUCAGUCCAUCGAAACCCCAACAACAACGCAAAGCUCGCUCGCGGGGGACUCUUUUUCAUCACCUAGAAGUGAAGGUGAAGAAGCUGAGGAGAUCGAAAAUGACACAACAAUUGGGAUAUAUGUAAAGCGUUACGAGAAUGUUGUUACCCACCGACGAAGCAUGACAAACGAACGAUCACUAAUGGCGAGAAUACUAUUGGGUCAAGUUCAUAACUUCCCAAUGAUGUUAAUCCGAGGAAGUAGGCUUCCACCUUUCGUCUAUCCUCAAUGCGUGUUGAGCAACAAACUCUUUCACCGUUGCACCGCAGCAGAUGGCACCCAUCAGUGCUUACCAAAACCACUGGCGAAUUGCGCCGUUUUGACCCGAAUGUUCUAUGGCCGAAACCCUGGCAAUGCGCAGAUCGUCUGGAAAGCGAUGUAUGACGAGCAGAGGCGCCUUUAUGAAGAAUAUCGUACUUACGAUGUACCAACACUACUAGCGGCUGUCCAGGCUACAGUGAUCUACCUCUUGCUCCAAGCGCAGGAUACAACAUCGAUCGCCAAGAAUAAUAUUGCCUUUUUGGCAGUAACGAUUUCUGCGUUGACAUCCAGCCUUCGCCUUCAAAGUGAUUAUGAAGAAGAUAUUUAUCAGACUUCAAACCUCAGCCAAGAAACGUGGGCUAUUUACGAAAGCAUACGAAGAACAGUAAACCUAUUCUAUGUGAUCAGAGUGGUAUUGAUUGUUCGAGACGGGAAGCCUCAGCGCUGUUGUACUCUACCGGCCACUCCUCUGCCUUCCGGGAGGGAUCUUUGGGACCAUGAAGCUACCGAAAUCUGGGCCCUUCGAUUACAGAGAUAUAAACGCCGAAUGUCAUCCAAUCGCGUCCUUACUAUCCAAGAUCUACUUGCCUACUCGAAAUAUGACCAAUCGAAUAAACGUAUGGAAAUAGAUACUCAGGUUCAAAAGGACUUGGCCACUUGGUGUGAAAGUCUGGAUGAGUUUGGAACUCUAGUAUGGAUGGCAUCAUCUGUUGAUCGGCAGUCUACAGAGCAGCAAACAAGUUCCUGUGAAAAUUAG